AGUUUGUCAUGGCGGCGGGGCUCUUUUAUUCUUCGGAGACAGAAUUCUGACCUCCGGACAGCAGACGGCGCGCGUCCUCUGUCGGGAAAGCGGAAGCGGAAGCGCUUGCGCACGCAGGCCGGGGGCGGGGCAUUGAGACCCCGCGAUAACUGCGCUGGCGCAGAACGAAAGAUCCUUUCUCAAGAACCGGCAAGAUGGCGGAAGUAGAACAAAAGAAGAAACGGACCUUCCGCAAGUUCACCUACCGCGGCGUAGACCUCGACCAGCUGCUGGACAUGUCCUAUGAGCAACUGAUGCAGCUAUACAGCGCGCGCCAGCGACGGCGGCUGAACCGCGGCCUGCGGAGGAAGCAGCACUCGUUGCUGAAGCGGCUGCGCAAGGCCAAGAAAGAUGCGCCGCCCAUGGAGAAGCCCGAGGUGGUGAAGACGCACCUGCGCGACAUGAUCAUUCUGCCCGAGAUGGUGGGCAGCAUGGUUGGCGUCUACAACGGCAAGACCUUCAACCAGGUGGAAAUCAAGCCUGAGAUGAUUGGCCACUACCUAGGCGAGUUCUCCAUCACCUACAAGCCCGUGAAGCACGGUCGGCCCGGUAUUGGGGCCACCCAUUCCUCCCGCUUCAUCCCCCUCAAGUAACCUGCUGGCCAAUAAAAGCAGAGAUUUCUCUAGUCCUGA